AGGGUUUGAGGAGCAUAACUUUUAAAAUCACUUUGGUCCAAGUCCGAAGAAAUUUGAGGAAUUUGGAAAAACUCAACAGUCUUGUCGACAAAACUAGAGUCUGAAAAGGCAAAUGUUUCAUGACUCAAAGUGAAGUGAGGUAGAAGGGUAAUUUGUGAAGGAGGGCUUUAUAAAUAAACACACAAAUAGUGAUCUCUUGUUACAGAGAAAAAGGGCCACCCACAUUUUUUAUACCGGACACAGUGAUGAGUACUGCAACUGUUCCCACUAAUACAUCUAAGCACAGAAUUAUAAACGGCAUCUAGGGGUCGCAGAGUGAUACAAGCAAAUGGUCAAUAAAUUACAUCCCCAUAAUUACGCACAAAAAGAAAAGCAGAUUCACAGUAUUUUAACUCCCAUUACAAUUAUUCUCUCAUAUAGGGAUUACCAUUAGGGGUACAAAUUCUUCUUUUCCGUUUUUAAGUACUACGCCGCUAAGACUGAUUCAAUUCAGUUGUCCUCCUUUCUGAUUGGACAAUAUUCCGUCAAUGCUUCAGCCAAUGGGUGAAUAGAUUAUUGUUAUAAGAACGACCCCCAUCCACAAUUCAAGUUAUUCUUUAAUUUUUUUCAAGAUUGGCAGAAUGAGUGGCCGAGGAAAAACUGGGGGUAAAACCAGAGCGAAAGCUAAGACCCGCUCUUCCAGAGCCGGUCUCCAGUUUCCGGUAGGUCGCGUUCACCGAUUGCUUCGUAAAGGAAACUAUGCUGAGCGUGUUGGUGCCGGUGCUCCAGUUUAUCUGGCCGCCGUGCUCGAAUACCUCACUGCUGAGAUCCUGGAGUUGGCUGGUAACGCUGCCCGAGACAACAAGAAAACCCGCAUCAUUCCCAGACAUCUGCAGCUGGCAGUGCGUAACGACGAAGAAUUGAACAAACUUCUGGGAGGCGUCACUAUCGCUCAGGGCGGAGUACUGCCGAACAUCCAAGCUGUGCUGCUCCCCAAGAAAACCGAAAAGGCUGUGAAGGCAAAGUAAUUUGCUUAGCUCCCACUAACCAUUC